GCCCGAGGGCCGCGCGGGGCGACCGCGGCGACGCUGCGGAACCGUCUGCGGCCCGGCGGGAGCCCAGCAUGCUCCGGGGCGCUGAGCUGCCGCCGCCUGUGACCUCCAGCCCGGCCGGUCACAAGCGGGGAUGAACUCAGACCACCGGGCCCUUAGUUCUCGAGCAGACUAUAUGUAAAAUAAUGUGGGCGAGCGGAUGGUGAAAAUAUGACCUCCCUUUGUCCCUUAAAAACGUGAGUGUUGCGAAUUCAGUAUUUAGACACCUAACGUUGUGUGUCUUUGGCCAUGCCGUGUGCCCCAUAGAAUGAACAUGUCGUGUUCUUGACACACACUGGCUUGACUUCGUCUUCUCCACCCCCCACGCCCCUGCAGGGAGAUCUAAGUUCAUUUCAAGGCAUUCGAAAUGGGGAAAGACUAUUAUCACAUUUUGGGAAUUGAAAAAGGAGCUACAGAUGAAGAUAUUAAAAAGGCUUACCGAAAACAAGCCCUCAAAUUUCAUCCGGACAAGAACAAAUCUCCUCAAGCAGAGGAAAAAUUUAAAGAGGUCGCAGAAGCUUAUGAAGUACUGAGUGAUCCUAAAAAGAGAGAAAUAUAUGAUCAGUUUGGCGAAGAAGGCUUGAAGGGAGGAGCUGGAGGCACUGAUGGACAAGGAGGUACCUUCAGGUACACGUUCCAUGGAGAUCCUCAUGCCACAUUUGCAGCCUUUUUCGGAGGUUCCAACCCCUUUGAAAUUUUCUUUGGAAGACGGAUGGGUGGAGGUCGGGAUUCUGAAGAAAUGGAAAUUGAUGGAGACCCCUUCAGUGCCUUUGGAUUCAGCAUGAAUGGAUACCCAAGAGACAGGAACUCGGUGGGACCCUCCCGUCUCAAACAAGACCCUCCCAUCAUUCAUGAACUUAAAGUCUCACUUGAAGAAAUCUAUAGUGGCUGCACGAAACGGAUGAAGAUUUCUCGAAAAAGAUUAAACCCUGAUGGAAGGAGUUACAGAUCUGAGGACAAAAUUCUCACCAUUGAGAUCAAGAAGGGGUGGAAGGAAGGCACCAAAAUCACUUUUCCUCGCGAAGGCGAUGAAACACCAAAUAGUAUCCCAGCAGACAUUGUUUUUGUUAUUAAAGACAAAGAACAUCCCAAAUUUAAAAGAGAUGGAUCAAAUAUAGUUUAUACUGCUAAAAUUAGCUUACGGGAGGCAUUGUGUGGUUGCUCAAUUAAUGUGCCAACAAUGGAUGGAAGAAACAUACCUAUGUCAGUCACUGAUAUUGUGAAACCUGGGAUGAGGAGAAGAAUUAUUGGAUAUGGGCUACCAUUUCCAAAGAACCCUGACCAACGUGGCGACCUACUAAUAGAAUUUGACGUGUCCUUCCCAGAUGUCAUAUCUGCAUCGUCCAAAGAGAUCCUUAGGAAGCAUCUCCCUGCCUCAUAGAAUGAGAAGAACCUCGCUAUCCAUAUUUUGAUAAGACACUGAAAAUAUAAAAGUACUGGCAGUUGACUGAUGUGAAUUCUGUAUAAAGAUGUGUAAACUCUUCCGAGGGCUCAUUAAAUUGCAUGAAUAGAGACGGUUCAAAUAGGCAAAGUGGAUUUUUACAGUAGAGAUGAAAAGUCAUUCGCUGUAUUGUAUUUCAUUUCUCCCAAAUCAGAAAUUUUUAGUAUUUCAUUUAUAAGUAAAAGUUGGUUUGUGGUCUAUAGAUACACUUCUAGUAAAGUAUUAGAUCAUCCAAGUACCUGUGUGUGUGUGUGUGUGUGUGUGUGUGUGUGUCUUUAAAUGAUCAGUGUGAUAGGCUCCCUUAAUAGAAAUUAAAAUUCUUAACUGUAUAUGUAAUAUGUGGAGGAGAAUAAAAGCCAAAGUCAUACAUAAAUGCAGUCUAGGUCACAUUCAGAGAUGCUGUGUUGGGCUGGUACCAGAAUGCAUUGCUACAUAUGCUUUACCAUGAUGACUUCUCAAGUAUUCUGUAACAUUUCUUAAGAGCAUGAUUGUAAUGUUCUUAAAGCAGACCUCUUCAUCAAAAGAAAAGGAAUGACAUUUUAUCUCCUGUGGAAAUCCCAAUAGUCUGAGUUACUGAUAUUUUAGAAACAUCAUUUUUAAAUGUCCACAUGUAAUUUUAUGCAAGUUGACUAUAUAUCUUGACCUUAGUAAGCUCAUUUUGUGAUUCAUUAGUUUAAGAUACUUGUUUACUAACAUUUGUUUUUAGAGAAAAUACUGUUACUUGGCAUUAAUUUUCCAUUUACAGUGUUCUAUACGUUCCUCAUGCUAUAUACCUUAGAUAAUUUCCCUAAAGAACAGUGAUCUACUACCACUGUGGUGUUAAACCAAAAUCUGGACAUAACGGACACUACCAUUGCUUUUGGGUAAUGUUGCUAUUAGCUGUCAUCAUAUAAAUAUCUUACUUUUUCAUGUGUAUAGCUUGCAUUUCUUAGGUGUUUUAAUUUUUUAAAUAUAUUUACAUUUAAAAAAUUACUCUGUCUUCUGUUUUAUGUCUAUCAAAAGUGAUGUUACAAAAUUUUCUGUAAAACUGUUUUCAGAAUAUCUGUACAUAAAUAUAUGGUAUACUGGGCUGUAUAAACUUUUUAAUAGAAUGUGAAGUGAUUUAGAAAUCAGUGUAAGUUGUAAGCAUAUACCUCAUGGUUUGGUUGAAAUUGCACACUUAACAAGCCUCCAACUAUGGAGCUGUGCCCAGCCUCUCUUUCCCUUUGUAGUGUAGUUUUGGAUUUAGUGUGUUCGUGGACUUGUGCAGUGACCACCACUGUCCCAUUCCCAUGAACAGCUUCUGUGGCACUUCCUUCUCCCCCUUCAGCCCCUGAAGCACUGAUGUGCGUUUCAUGAUGGAGGUUUCAUAUGAUGGAUUCUAUCAUAUAGUUGAAUCAGUCAACAUGUGGCUCCUCUAUUUGAUGUCAUUCACCUAGCACAACAUUGUUGUCCAGGUCCAGUGUGGCCUCAUUAGUAGCCUUAUCCUCUUGCGGCAGAGCAUGUACUUGGGUAGAAUCCCACUUGAUUUACCUCUUGAUUGGUGUUUUGGGCAUCUGGGUUAUAUCUACUCAGGGGCUUGUAUGAAUAAUGAUGCUAUGAGCAUUUAUAAACAAGUAUUUGUGUGGACAGACUGCAUUCUCUGAGGCACAUACUUGAGAGUGGAAUUGUUGGGGAAAAUACAUAUAUUAGUUGCAAAUAGAAAAUUUUAAAAAUGCCAGAGAGUUGAGGUAAUCACACCAUCUCCUUGAACAUCAUGGAAAUUCACAAAUAUAGAGCUAAAGUCUUGGAGUGAUGGCUGUAGUUCAUAUUUGAAACCCCAC